AUGCGGAUCGCCCUGGCUUCCUCCUCGUCGCCCUCGUAUAGUGGCUUUGUGCUGUUCAGCGGCUACCGUGCAUCCAUGGACUCAUUCGUUGCCAUUGGCCUGCACCAUUUUGGCAACAGCACCAGCACCACCAUGGUCCAAGCCCAAUCGUGCGAGUGGGUGGAGAAGAACGGAGACCGGCAUGUGGGUCAAGUCACGGUGAAGGAUCCAUCUCACGCCCACCCACCGAAACACCUGCAAUCCGCCACCCUUACUACCGCUGCUGGCGCUGCCGCUGCUGCUGGCAAACUUCCAGCAGCAGCGGGAGAAAAGGGAGCAGCAGCACGAGCAGCAGGCGGCAGCGGCAGUGGCGGCAGUGGGGCCGGUGCGGCCAGUGGGGCUGGUGCAGUUGGGUCAGCAGAGACGGUGGUGCUGGUGUGUUUGCUGGGUGAGGAGGCGAGUCUUCGCACGGGUGGGCAGCUGCGCAUGGAGGUGAAUGGGGAGGACGUGCUGGUGUAUGAGGAGGAGGGCAACCAGGGCUCUCCGUCUCCUCUUCUCUUCCCUCCUCACUUCGCUCCUCUCUUCCCUCCUCUCGUCCCUCCUUUCUUCCCUCCUCACUUCUCCUCUUGCCUCCUCCUCCUUCCGCUCCCUCCCCAGGACGAGGAGACGCUGAGCUACAAUCUCAUGUACUGCAGCACGCCCAUACACGUGGCCGUGCACGCUGUCAGAUUCGCGCAGUGGCUCAACUUCCACCGCACUGUGCACCAUGUGAGUCACGGCACUGUGCACCAUGUGAGUCACGGCACUGUGCACCAUGUGAGUCACGGCACUGUGCACCAUGUGAGUCACGGCACUGUGCACCAUGUGGACUAUUUCCAGCUGUACGAUGCGGGUGGCGUGGAGGAGCGGCUGCUGCAGCAGCUGGCGCCGGCCAUAGAGGCGCGGGCAGCGGCAGUCAUGGACAUGCGCGCCGUGGCAGGGCGGGAUGGCACGGCGCAUGGGCAGGCGCGGGCAGCGGCAGUCAUGGACAUGCGCACCGUGGCGGGGCGGGAUGGCACGGCGCAUGGGCAGGUGGGUGCAUGGGUAGGUGGGUGCAUGGGCAGGUGGGUGGGUGCAUGGGUAGGUGGGUGGGUGCAUGGGCAGGUGGGUGGGUGCAUGGGCAGGUGGGUGGGUGCAUGGGCAGGUGGGUGGGUGCAUGGGCAGGAUGGAGGGAUGGGUGCGUCUGGUCUCCGUCUGCCGGCCAUAGAGGCGCGGGCAGCGGCCGUCAUGGACAUGCGCGCCGUGGCAGGGCGGGAUGGCACGGCGCAUGGGCAGCUUCUGGCAUUCCAUGACUGUCUGUACUUUGCGCGCACGGCAGCGCGGUGGGCUCUCUUCCUGCACCCUGACGAGUACCUUCUGGUGCAGCAGCCGCCGCACUCCAUCGCCCACGUGCUUGUGCUGCACCAGCAUCCCUCCCCUCCCUCAUCCUCUCAACCCCCUGCUCAAUCUCUCCCCCCUCCCCCCCUUCCUCUUUCACCACCAUCCGGAGCACUUUGA